AUGUCUCCCACAAAUGUUUCACAUUUCUCUGCAUUCUACCUGGUGGGCAUCCCAGGCCUAGAGUAUUUACACACCUGGAUUGGGAUUCCCUUCUGCUCCCUCUAUGUGGUGGCUGUGGUGGGGAAUGUGACAAUUGUAUCUGUGGUGCGGGCAGAGAGAAGCCUACAUGAGCCCAUGUUCUUAUUCUUGUGUAUGCUUUCUGUUACUGACCUGGUCCUCUCCACCUCCACUCUGCCCCGAAUGCUCUGUCUCUUCUGGCUUGGAUCCCAUCAAAUUGCCUUUGAUGCCUGUCUAACUCAGAUGUUCUUUAUCCAUAGCUUCACAGCCAUGGAAUCUGGAUUCUUCUUGGCCAUGGCUUUUGACCGUUAUGUGGCCAUUUGUGAGCCAUUGCGCCAUGCAACCAUUCUUACCAAUUCCCGAAUAGCUAAGAUUGGUGGGGCUGUGGUUCUUCGGGGUAUGGCCUUCUUCUCUCCACAUCCUAUCUUACUCAAGCAAUUGCCCUACUGUAGAUCUCACAGGAUUGCCCAUACUUACUGUGAGUUCAUGGCGGUGGUGAAAUUGGCAUGUGUAGACACAGGUUCUACAAAGCGCUAUAGUUUAAGUGUAGCCUCUGUAAUUGGCUCCUGUGAUGGCUUCUUCAUUGCUAUCUCCUAUGUCUUGAUCCUCCGUGCCGUCUUUCGCCUUCCAUCCCGUGAGGCUAGCCUUAAGGCCUUGGGCACAUGUGGCUCCCAUGUCUGUGUGAUUCUUGUCUUUUAUUCUACAGCUGUCUUCACAUUUCUAACUCACCGUUUUGGCCAUAAUGUACCACCUCAGGUUCACAUUUUCAUUGCCAACAUGUACUUGUUGGUUCCUCCCUUUCUCAACCCCAUUGUAUAUGGUGUCAGAACCAAGAAGAUCAGAGAUUAUGUUCUUGGGGCAUUGAGGGUCAAGGUUAUUUGA